UAAAUUGAUUUCUGAUUCAGUUGCCGUUAGCCCGUGGGCCCUGCCAGUUGUCGUUUUGUCGCUGCACUGCGUCGACUUGUUGAUUUGUCCGUCGUUUUUUGUGAUCUGCGUGUGAAGUAAUAAAACAAAAAUAUAUAUAACUUUUUAAUUUGUUUUCUGGCUUGUAAAUGACGUCAAAUUAUGCUUGAAAAAUUGCAUUUGAAUUCGUGGCUUGUCGUUGCGGUUAUUGUUCUUGGUCUCAGUUAUAAUGAGUCGGCGGUCAUUCAGCGGGUGGCAGAGGAGAAGACACCAUGGGAUUUGAGCUCAGCCUUGUCGGGUACCUCAGGGCUACGUACCUUCAAUGGCACUUGGAUAACAGAUGAAGAGUUUUAUUAUAUUGCCAGUGAUAGAUCUAUAUACAAAUAUAAUGCAGCCACCAAGACGAAUGCGCUAUACUUUAGCUCAGCAUUUUUGAAUAAUUAUUCGGGUGCAACUUUUACACUUUCACCGGAUAAUACGAAAAUCUUAGUACGUCACAAUUUGACGGAGAAAUUCCGUCAUUCGUAUAUUGCUCAAUAUGAUGUUUAUGAUAUCGCAACUGAUACUUCCAUUCAAAUUCAUGGAGGUGAAAAGUUACAAUAUUGCGACUGGUCACCAUCGAGAAAUCGUCUGGCCUAUGUCUACCUGAACAAUGUGUAUAUACAUUUUAGUGAAAAUAACGAGAUUAAGAUAACAGUCGAUGGCGUCGAUGGCAUAGUUUAUAAUGGUGUCCCCGAUUGGGUCUAUGAGGAGGAAGUGCUAAGCAGCGGCAGUGCCAUUUGGUGGUCAGGAGAUGGUAGCAAAUUGGCUGUAGGAUUUUUCAAUGAUACAGAAGUUGAAACUUUCCGAUAUUUCCUUUACGGCGACGGUGAUGAAACUUUCUAUCAAUACCCCCACGAAGAGGAUCUGAAGUAUCCAAAAGCAGGCACCAAGAAUCCCUCUGUAUAUUUACGAGUCUAUGACUUGACGAAUGAUGAUCCUGCAAUGCAAAAGAUCGAUGCUCCCUCUGAAAUAGUCGGCGAAGAUCAUAUUCUACAGAAUGUAGUUUGGUCGAAUAACACACAUUUGCUUGUCACUUGGCUAAAUCGUCGCCAGAAUUUGUCUUCAAUCCAAAGUUGUUGGCACACGGGUGAGUGUACAGAAGUCACUAGAUUGAGUGAACCCAACGGUUGGAUAUCUCUGAGUACACCGACUUGCCUGAGCACUGGCACCAAUUGUAUCUUUGCCAAUUACAUUGGCAAUUGGUAUCAAGUGUGGAAUUUGAAUUUGAAUACCGGAGUUAAUAGCUGGCAAUCGAGGGGUAACUUUACAGUACUUACGGUUUAUGGAUACGAUGAGACCAAUGAUAAACUUUACUAUCAGGCCACUCAAGUGGGAGAUCCUUCCGUUUAUCAUGUCUACAGUAAUGAUGACUGCCUCAGUUGCAAGCAAUUGGAUGUGGACGGUGUACCCUGUCUUUAUGCAAGUGCCAGAUUUAGUAAAUCUUUCUCCUACUACACAUUGACCUGCUCGGGUCCAACUCCGUCUUAUACUCGCAUAUUUGAAGCCUCUUCACACACUCUAGUCUCUGAUUGGGAACCGAACACAGAGUAUCGCCAGAGAAUCGCAAAUAAACAACUUGCUUCAUAUGAAUUUAUGAAUGUUACUCUUGGUGAUGGCAGCAUUGGUUAUGCCAAAUUGGCUUUUCCACCCAACUUCAAUAAGACCAAGAAAUAUCCCCUCAUUGUGGUAGUAUAUCAGGGACCAGAUUCAGUUAGGAUAACAAAUGCCUUCACUUUGGGUUAUGAGGCAUUCUUGACCACUUCAAGAGAUACUAUAUACGCGUAUAUAGAUGGUCGAGGUACUGGUAAUAAGGGUAAGGAUAUACUUUUCUCUGUAAACAAUGAUUUGGGUGAUCACGAAGUAGAAGAUCAACUAUUGGUCACAAAAUGGUUCCAAGAUAACUUACCCUAUGUGGAUCCUAAUCGCUGUGCCAUCUGGGGCUGGAGCUAUGGUGGUUACAUGACAGCCAGAACCAUACAAAAGGAUAAUGACAAGAUAUUCCAAUGUGGUGUAUCAGUGGCACCAGUCACAUCUUGGCUGUACUAUGAUACCAUUUAUACGGAACGGUAUAUGGGUUUGCCCACUGAGAGUGACAAUUGGAAAAAGUACAAUGAGAGUAGUGUCUUCAAUAAUCUGGAGAAUUUCCGCACCCAUGAUUAUCUGCUCAUCCACGGCUCUGGCGAUGAUAAUGUUCACUAUCAAAAUUCAUUAGUUUUCUCAAAAUUGCUACAGAAAGCGGAUAUACAAUUCGAAGAACAGACAUACACCGAUGAAAAUCAUGGUAUUGGCAAUCAUCUAAUACAUUUGUAUAAUACCAUUGAUCAAUUUUGGAUCAAUUGCCUUGGAUUGGAGGUUAAAGAAGAUGCUGAAUUAGCAAAGGCAUUUUAAUCCUAGUCAUGUGUAAGGACAUGCCAAUAGGAUAACAAUUGCUAUGUACAGUAAAAGAGUCGCAAAUAAUCUGCCAACCUUAAAUAACUGUGGGCAUUAAAUUUACUACAUAAACUUGUCUAUUCUUUAGGCAAAUUAACUGUGUUUUAAAUUAUAUACUAACCCCCCACUUAAGCAGAUUUUUAUAACCUUUUAAACUCUAGUAAUUUCUUUUGUAUUCUGCCAAAAUAUUUAAUGCCUUAACGAUGAUUGUGAGAACGAGUGAGUUUUGUAUUACAUUUGUAUUUUAAGAUACCGGCAAACCCGAGUUUCCUAAGGUUUCUUUUAAUUAACUAAACUUAAAACAUGUAUUUAAUUUAAAAGAACGAGAAUACCAAAUAAAUGUAAAAUGUUCAUUUAAAA